GAAGGGGAGGGACUCUAAAGAAGACACGCGGCUUCAGUAGGUGUUUGGCUGCUGCUCCAAGGUUGCGCCGUGCUAUAGCCUAGUUAUCAUCAAAGCAAACAUUCUAAAAGCACGUUAUUGCGUGUCGAUUUUAUGCGACAAAAACCGCGCUGGUAAUAUUGUUUUAAUCGCAUUGCAUCGGCGUGGCCUACCCUGCUACGUGAAGAAAGCCUAGCAUAGGCUAACGAUAAACAUAUUGAUAUCAACGCACAGCCAGUGCCCGUGAACUUUGUCACAUAGUCCCUCCCUGGUGCAAUGUCCACCUCGUUCUUAUUGAGAAACGGUAAGAGGGUGUUUUCAGUAUUCGGCGGGGUGUGCAGAGGAACCGAUGCACUUUCUAGAGUUAAUUUUAUAUCGCGCCGCUUCAUUAUAGAUUUGUCAUACUCCACGCACUUCAUGGAUUUUAAAGGUUCCUCGAUACCGAGCUCCAUGAAAAAGCUGGUCGUAACGAAGCUUAGCCAGAAUUUCAGAGACGCCGUUGCCUUGCAAACUGUUCCAGUCCCGACACCUGGCGACGGGGACUUGCUUGUAAGAAAUCGAUUUGUUGGAAUCAAUGCCUCGGACAUCAACUACUCAGCAGGCCGCUACGACCCUACGGUCAAGCCACCGUUUGACGCCGGGUUCGAGGGCAUUGGCGAGGUGGUCGGCCUUGGCCUGAGUGCCAGCGCCCGCUACACCGUUGGCGACACCGUGGCCUACUUUGCUGAUGGGGCCUUUGCAGAGUACACAGUGAUACCCAUGAUCAAGACCGUACCUGUACCCGCGGUGAAGCCAGAGUUCCUCACCCUGCUGUUAAGCGGUGCCACGGCUUAUAUCGCCAUGAAGCGGCUUGGCGACCUGGUGAAGGGCGAGACGGUGCUGGUGACGGCCGCUGCCGGUGGCACGGGACAGUUCGCCGUGCAGUUUGCCAAACAGGCCGGCUGCCAUGUUGUGGGCACCUGCUCCUCCAACGAGAAGGCUGGCUUCUUAAAGACCAUUGGCUGCGACAGGCCCAUCAACUACACGUCCGAGGACUUGAGCGCCACGCUGCGCAAAGAGUACCCACAAGGCCUGGACGUAGUCUACGAGUCCAUAGGCGGCAGAAUCUUUGACAUGGCGGUCAACAAUCUAGCCAAUAAGGGCAGGCUGAUCGUGAUCGGGUUCAUCUCAGGGUACCAAACGGCAUCAGGGGUCCCAACUGUUAAAGGAGGGACUCUGCCUGUGAAGCUGCUCCAGAAGUCAGCCAGCGUGAGGGGGUUCUUCCUACCUCACUUCCUGGCUGACUACAAGGAGGCGAUGGGAAGCAUGAUGCAGAUGUUUGCUAAAGGGAAGCUGGUGUGUGAAGUGGACUGUGGGGACAUGGCCCCCGAGGGCCGUUUUGUGGGGCUGGAGUCCGUCUUUAGGGCUGUGGACUACAUGUACGCUGGGAAAAACGUUGGAAAGGUGGUGGUUGAGGUGACUCCACCCUCACUGGAGAGCAAACUGUGAUUUGCCUUAAUGUGAAUGCACUGGAAUCCUCAAACAAAUCAAAUGUAUGUAUGCACAUUGAAAUUACCUAUGCAAGUACAUAUGUUGAAGGCAAAUUACCCAAACUGUGACAAUCUACAGUACUCUUGAGUUGAAUAUAUUUUUUUAACAGUUUAUUUCACCUGAAUCUAUUUUGAUAUUACUAAAAUGUUGUUCUGUUCGAGACAGUUCCUUGUUAAUGUUUUUGAUGAUUGUAUUGAAUAAAACAAAGCCAAAGUCCCAAUGAACGGGGAUCAUA